GGAAGUUGGCAUCAAUCUUCUCUUUCAUUCACAAUUUCAGGAUGGCUGCUAUGCCCACAGUUUCCAAAAGCUUUCUCUUAUUUGUUAUUCUCAUUCUCAUGAUCAUGUCUCUAGCCACAGCCCAGCCAAGCUUUGUGAAAUAUUAUUGUGAUGACAACAAUGGCAACUACACUGCUAAUAGCACCUUCCAGGCGAAUCUCAACACCCUUCUCUCCAAACUCACUUCCAACACCGAAACCAACACCAACUACGGCUUCUACAAUUUCUCCAAAGGCCAAAACCAAAACUCUGACAAAGUCAACGUCAUUGGGAUGUGUAGAGGAGAUGUCAAUACAGAAGCUUGCACUAGUUGCCUCAAUGAUUCAGUAGUCCUUCUCACACGCCUUUGUCCAAACCAGAAGGAGGCAAUUGCGUGGUAUGAUUCGUGCAUGCUGCGAUACUCUAACCGCUCAAUAUUUGGAAUCAUGGAAUUUGAACCUUCAUAUUUAAUAUCCAACAACAAAUAUGCAACAAGCGUGGAUCGGUAUAAUGAAGUUGUUGAGGACCUGCUGAGAAGUCUAGCGAGCAAAGCUGCUUCCGGUGAUUCCCACCUUAAGUUUGCUGAAGCAAGUCAGAAAGGUCCAAGCUUUCAAACUGUAUUUGCUCAUGUUCAAUGCACACCUGAUUUAUCAAACUUACAAUGCAACCAGUGCUUGUUUAGAGCAAUGUCAUAUAUCCCAAAAUGCUGCUCUGGCAAGGUACGUGGCAGAAUUUUUAAACCCAGUUGUAAUCUUAGAUUUGACACCACCCCAUACUUGGAUCCUACUUAUGUGCCACCUUCACUCACACCGCAAUCACUUCCUUCUCCUUCUCCAUCCAUCCAUGCCACUUUCAGAAAAGGUAAGAGCAACUCGUGGCGAACUGUCAUAGCCAUAAUUGCGGCAAUUGUCUCCGUUAUGAUACUAGUCACCUUUACGUGCAUCUAUUUAAGACGAAGGAAGCCAAGGAUGUAUUUUGAAAGUGAAUCUGAAGCUGACUAUGACAUUGAACCUACUCAGACAUUACAAUUUGACUUCCAAGCCAUCAUAGAUGCAACAAAUAACUUUGCAGAUGCAAAUAAGCUUGGACAAGGUGGAUUUGGACCAGUCUACAAGGGUACGCUUCCCAGUGGCAAAGAAGUUGCUAUCAAACGGUUGUCCAGGGGUUCUGGCCAAGGAGAUAUAGAAUUUAAAAAUGAACUGCUAUUAUUAGCAAAGCUUCAACACCGAAAUUUAGUAAGGCUACUGGGGUUUUGUUUGGAAACAGGAGAAAGGAUACUGGUGUACGAGUUUCUUCCCAAUAAAAGCCUUGAUUACUUCAUAUUUGAUCCAAUCAAGCGUUUAUCUUUGGAUUGGGACAGGCGUUACAAGAUUAUCCAAGGUAUUGCUCGAGGUCUUGUUUAUCUUCAUGAAGAUUCUCGACUACGCAUUAUUCAUCGCGAUCUCAAAACAAGUAACAUACUUUUAGAUGAAGAAAUGAAUCCUAAAAUAUCAGAUUUUGGCAUGGCAAAAUUGUUUGCCACAGAUCAAACUCUUGGAAAUACACUUAGAGUUGUUGGAACCUAUGGAUAUAUGGCACCAGAAUAUGCAAUGCAUGGAUAUUUUUCAGUGAGAUCAGAUGUUUUUAGUUUCGGUGUAUUGAUUCUUGAGAUAGUGACAGGACACAAAAACAGUGAUAUCCGCCACCCGGACAGUGGUUAUGUAGAACAUCUAAUAAGCUUUGUAAGACUACAAUUUGUGUCGCAAAUAACAAUCUUCUUGGCCUUAAAAUAGUCCAUGACAUUGUACAAAUUCUUGCAGGCAUGGAGGAACUGGAGGGAAGGGACUGCAUUAAACAUUGUAGAUCAAACACUGGACAACAAUUCAAGAGACGAAUUAAUGAGAUGCAUCCAUAUUGGAUUACUGUGUGUUCAAGAAAACGAAGCCAACAGACCAACCAUGGCAACAGUUGUAACCAUGUUCAACGGCGACUCUAUCAGUCUUCCAGUACCCUCACAACCUGCAUAUUCUAUGAAUGCCAGAGU